AUGGCGGGCACUAGAGACAGCCCCGAGCGAGUCAACGUCGCCAUGGAUGACUUCGGCACGAGUCGACACGACGAGAAGAAGGAUUUUGAUGCGGCGGAGAUCGAAAGGGUGAUGACCCCAGAUGACUUGCGAAAGGGUAAGCAGGACUACAGCCGUAUCGAUGUGAGUAUACCACAACACCACCUGGGUCAAAUGCUAACUUCUACCUCCAGGCCGAAGUCGCCAAAUACACCGAAGGCGAACGCAUCGGAAUCACCGACUCUGAAAACCGCAGGUUGAAGAAGAUGAUCGAUAAACGAGUUCUCACCGUUAUGGUCUUCACCUAUUUCCUACAAGCCAUCGACAAGGGCACGCUUUCUUUCACUUCGAUCAUGAAUCUCCCGGCAGAUCUGCAUCUCAAGGGGCAGCAGUAUUCUUGGCUUACGACGUGCAUCUACAUUGCCAUCCUCGUGGUGGAAUACCCUCUCAACUGGCUGGUGCAACGACUCCCCGUGGCGAAGUUCUUGGGCACUUGUAUCAUCCUCUGGGGCUCUAUACUGGCGCUACAUGCUGCCUCGCGGAAUUUCGCAGAGAUUGCAAGUCUGAGAACUCUGUUGGGCAUUUUUGAGGCCGGGUGUCAGCCUACGUUCCUCAUUAUGAGUUCGAUGUGGUAUAAACGGGAAGAACAAGUUCUGAUCGUGUCGUUCUGGUAUUGCAUGGUGAGGAGCACUCAUCCCCUCCACGACUCAAGCCAAUCUGACAAGUCGGGUCUCUAGAACGGCGCCCAACAGAUCGUCGGCGGUCUCCUCGCCUACUGCUUCUCCCUCAUCCCCCGCGGCAGCGCCCUCGAAUCCUGGCAAGCCAUCUUCAUCGCCUACGGCACCUUUUCCGUCCUCUGGGGCGUCUUCGUCAUCGCCUACCUCCCGGACUCCCCCAUGCGCGCAAAGUGUUUCUCCGAACCCGACAAACGCCUCAUGGUCGAACGCGUCCGAUCCAACCAGACCGGUCUCCAGAAUAAACGUUUCCGGAUCGAACAGGUGAAAGAGGCCUUCACAGACGUGCAAUGUUGGUGUUACUGGCUGAUCCAGAUCUGCACCACGCUCCCGACGGGCGGCCUGGGAGCGUUUGCGAAUAUCGUCAUCAAGGGGUUUGGCUUCACGACGUUGCAAGUGCAGCUCUUGGCGAUGGUGCUUGGGGCGUAUAUCAUCCUCGUGCUGUUCAGUUCGGCUUGGUUGGUGCGGAAGACGAGGCAGAAUGUGUUGGUCAUGAUGGUCUACACCAUACCGUGAGUUUUUGUCCCACACAAGCCCUCUCUGUGAGUGAGAUUCGCAGCUGACAUUUGUCCUUUGGGGUCUUAGAUCUUUCGCUGGGACUAUCGUCCUCAUGACGGUCAGGAACACCAACACCGCGACGGAAGCCGGCCUGCUGCUGUCCUACUACCUCUGCCUCUCCUUCUGGGCCGCGCAGAAUCUCGCCAUGAGCCUGCUCACCCGCAACGUAGCCGGGCAGACCAAGAAAUCCGCCGCCGUGGCGAUGAAUUUCGUCGCCUGGGCGGCGGGGAAUGCCGUCGGUGAGCUCCCUUAUCCCUUUCCCCCCCUCCUCUACUACCCUAUCAAUUUCCUAACAACACACCGCACCGUAGGCCCACAAGUCUUCCUCAACCACGACGCCCCCCGCUAUUUCACUGCUUUCGCCACGCACCUCGGCUGCUACAGUCUGCUCAUCGUCGUCCUCCUCACCCUGCGGACGACUCUGAGGCGGAGGAAUUCGAUACGAAACGCGGCCGAUGCGAGGAGGCAUGGUGAUGAUGAUGAUGAUGGCAUGGUGCAUGCAUUUGAGGAUCUGACGGAUCGGGAAAAUGUGGGGUUUCGGUAUAUGUUUUAA